GUUGACAGGUUCAAUUUAUUACUUUGGCUUAUCUGUGCUUUAGUUCCGGCAAGAACGUCAACUCUAAAUUUGUACGAUAUAAAAUUUGCUGACUAAAAUCUUCUAGCGCACUAAACGACCUAGUAAAAUUAUUUUAAUAUUAUUUAUCUUAAGUAUUUUUGUGUUAAUUCAACAUGCCACGUGGUAAAUACACCAACCACAAGGGCCGCAACCGCAAGUUCACCAGCCCCGAGGAGUUGGAAGAACAACGAAAGCAGGAGGAGUUGAAACAAAAAUGGAGAAAGGAGCAUGGUGGAGAUGAGAGCUCCAGUGAGGAAGAAUCAGCGGAUAACAAAUCAGGCUCGGGCAGCAGUGACGAAAGUGACUCAGAUGAAGAUCAUCCCACAAAAGCAAAGGGAGUCUCUGGUUUAAUUGAAGUAGAAAAUCCCAACAGAGUGGUGAAGAAGAACAAGAAAUUGUCCAACUUGAAUACCUCUUUAGGAGAAGGAGAAAAACCUCAGUUGUCUAGACGCGAGCGCGAGGAGAUCGAGCGCGCGCGCGCGGCGGCGGCGUACCAGAAGGCGCACGCGGAGGGCAAGACCGAGCAGGCGCGCGCCGACCUGGCGCGCCUCGCCAUCAUCCGCCAGCAGCGCGAGGAGGCCGCCAAGAAGCGCGAGGCCGACAAGAAGGCCAAGGACGAGGGGCCCAAGAAGAGGUAGACAAACAAACUCCCAAGUAGGUCGCAUAACUAACAUCUUUUGCAAUUAUACAUGCUCAUAAUAUCAAACUUGGCACCUUACAAUCUUGAUUUCCUGCAGUCCUAGGUGAUUGCAUGAAUUGUGUUAUGAAGACAACAUAAGGCAUGUCUUGUUUAAUAGAAAAGUUUUAUCUUGUCUUUAUAAGUGCGAUAAACGCGAUUAUGCCCCUCGAAGACGGAAAAAGGCGAAAUAUCCCAUGAGCAUCUGCUACGGGAGUCACCACACUUAUCGACUCGACAUAGGCGAACAAAUAUUUUUGACCAGCCGUCGCACCGGCGACGAUAAGCGAGAAGUUAGUGGCAGUAGUAAGCAACAACAAAAAUAUAUCAUCUACAUCUUCAUAUACGUAUCUUCUGCGAAAAAGUUCUCAUACACUUGUAAAUUUGUAACUAGUGGGGAAAUAGUAAUUUCUUUAAUAAUAAAAAAACAGCCUAUAUACGUCCCACUGCUGGGCACAGGCCUCAUGCGCGAGAGGGCUUGGGCUAUAGUCCCCACGCUAGCCUAAUGCGAUUGGGGACUUUACACCUUUGAAUUUCUUCGCAGAUUUCUUUAAUUAAAUGCAAUAAAAAUAUUUCUGUUUCAUUCCGUUAUACAUAAUGCAGCGUCCUUAUUUACAUUACUGAAAUUACGAUUCUAAGUCACUAUUAUAUCCUAUCUGCGUGGCUCUAAUCACGUUCUUGAAAAAACCGAUAAAUUAGUGAUAUAUGAGCCGCUUCGACGUCGAAAAGUGUGUUGAUUCCCUAAUGUGACGUAAGGAAUUGUCUAAUGAUACUUAUCAUGCAUAAUAUACAUUAUAUUUAUUGACCCAGUUUGAUUCUGUGAGACUGUCGUAGUUAUAGUUACAGUUUUUUUGAUGUAUAAAUUUCACAUUUCCAUUGUACUUCCAUUUGAAUUUACCACAAUAUGACAGGAAUAAAAGCAAUAAUUUAGAUUUAUAUAACACACGUUCUCAAUAUUUGUUGUGCUUAUAGAUAUCCCGUUUCGGUGUAGGUAGCAAUUCAGUACAGUUGGCGAAAAUAUAAAAGUAACGAUUAAUAAUUAAAAUAUUACUUCAACAGUCAUGGACAGAAGUCCUUUUGCACAUAGCCUUUUGCUACUUAUAUAUAAAAUAAUCAAUUGUGUAACACGCACUGCCAAUUUCAAGCGAGUGACCAAUAGUAAUAAGGUUUUGCAAUCUGCUGAUAUGUCUUAAGAUUCCGUGAGGUCCGUGCGUCCAUAAUAAAUUUCACAAUGUUUUGCCAGAAAAUGGGACUGUAUUAAGUUUUGUACGUCUAUUGUAUUGUAAAAUUGUGUUGUGUCAGGUCUAUGUAAACAUUCAGCAUUUGGAAUUAUUGAGUUACUUUGGUUCUGAAAAUGAUGUAUUUUUUGUUUCUUUGACACUAAGAGUGCACAAGCCUAAUGCAUUGUGAAACGUUUGUCUUUUUAAAUACUCGUUCGUGUUUUAAACUACUGUCAGUCAAUAAUUUGCUCUCCGCACUUUUAUCUAAAAUAGCUAUAAUUGGUGUUACUGUGACAUUUGAGUUUUGGGAACGUAUUGAUAAAUAUUUUAUCUGCCUGGGUAUACACAGAAAGUCUAAACGAAGUGCUCGUCCUGUACCCGAAAGUUAAGCUACUGGAUUUCUUUGUUGUGGCUGACAUCGCCCGGAAUCGGUCCUGACGUAGUUUUCGGAAGUAUCGAAAUUGUGGACAUUUGAAUCAUUAACGUUCUUAAAUUGUCGGAAACAAAAAAGAAAAUGUAAUCACUAAAUCUUUGUAUGACCUGCGUUAUUGAAUCUGGCGAUUUUUAAAGUUAUUUUUGACCUGUCAAUUCAAUACACAUGUGUAUUGUUUAUCUGUUAUUUGCAAUUUGCAUGAUGAGAACAGACAUGUUCUAUGUGUACCUAUAGCUUUUUAAAGUUUGAAUGUCGCAACAAUAAAAUUAUGAAUUUCAUUUACAAUAAGUCUUUUAAAAUACUUACGAAUUUAUUUGCACUCUGACUUAUUUUUCUGAAACUUAUUUUAGACUGCAUAUAAUGAACUUCCUUUUAAAAUUAUGCAUCAGAAGGCCGUUCUCAACUGUACAAUAAGUUAUGGUAAGUACUGAUUUCAUGUCAUUAGUUAAUGAAUUUUGCAAUUUUUAAAUAUUAAUUAUGUAUAAUUACAUUUUAUUGUUGAUUCUAACAUUCAUAUAGUUUGUGUACUCUUUCAUACGAUUAUUAUAAAAUUGAGGUGUUACGAUAUUGAAUAGAUAUUGUGUACAUUGAGGGUACGUUAUAUUUAUCUAUAUUUACAAAUCCACCAGAUAGUAACUAUGUAUGAAAUUGCUUAGGUAUAAUUUAUUAGAUAGUCUUACUAGACAAUUUUAUAUGCAAUGUGUAUAUCUAUACAAUAAAUUGAAAAUUAUGAAUGUA